AUGUCAUUGUGGUAUGAAUAUAUAUAGCAUUUCCUGUAAAUACAUACCACUUCCUGUAAAUAAAUUCUUAGUUCUUCCAGUUUUAAAAGUAGUUUAGACAUAUAAUGUUUUCUGAUUGUUCACUUUACUAAUAUUAAAAAUUCAAAAUGAUAUAUUUAACUUUAUUAAAAAUUAAAAUUAAUAUAUGGUUUUCUAUUUUUAUAUUUGUAAUUUUAAAAUAUAAUACAUUAGCAUAUAAUUUAGAUGUUAAUAAUGUUAAAAUAUUUAAUAUUCCUAAAACUUUUAAUAAUCAACGAGGAAGUUAUUUUGGAUUUUCUGUUGCACUUUAUACAGAAGGACUAGAUUUCAUACUUCUUGUAGGUGCUCCUAGAGCAAAUUCAAGCAUAAUAAAAAAUGUAAUUGAACCAGGUACUGUAUAUCAAUGUUCAAUUAAUAAGACCUGUAAGGAAUGGAUUAUUGAUAAAAGUGGAAAUGGUGAAUAUAAUGAAUGGAAUCAAAUUAAAGAUAAUGCUUGGAUUGGUGCAACAAUUGCUGUAGAAAAUAAAACCAAUCCUAAAAUUGUGGUUUGUGGUCCACGAUGGAAAAAAAAAGACAAAUAUAAUUGGUACAUGAAUGGUAUUUGUUACUUAUUAUUAGUUAACAAUAUUAAAUUUUUUGAAAAUGAAGUUGAAAACAAAAUUUUAUUAUUUUCAAAUUAUUCGAAUUUUAUAUAUCCAAAUAAUAGAAAAGUUUAUAAUUUUGAAAUGAGUCAAAUUGGUUUUUCAAUAAAUAUGGUAUCUAUUGGAUUAAAGUGGAAUUUAAUAUUAGGUAGUCCUGGUGUAUUUAAUUGGAAAGGCUUACCUUUAUUAGUUAAAAAACCAAUUUAUGGAAAAAUACAAUUUAUAAUUCCGUCAACUAAAAAUGAAAAAAGAAUUCGUGAAAAUAGUUAUUUCGGAUACGCAGUAACAUCUGGUUAUUUUAUAAAAGAAGAAUUAUGGUUUGUUUCUGGUGCUCCAAAAGAUUCAAAUAUGAAUGGAAGUGUUAUUAUAUUUACUUUUCCUGAAACUAAUAAUGCAAUAAUAAAUAUAAAGAAAUUUUUAAAAGGUGAACAAUAUGGAGAAUAUUUUGGUGCUGCUUUAACAUCAUGUAAUCUCAAUGGUGAUGCUGAAGAUGAGCUAAUUGUUGGAGCACCAUUAUGGUCAAAAGAUAUAGAUGAAGGUCGCAUAUAUGUAUAUACUGCUUUAUCUAAUGAAAAUUUUAAAAAACAAUCAUUUGAUGGAAAAAUAUCUGAAAGUAGAUUUGGUUCUACUAUAUCUUGUCUUGGUGAUAUUGAUUAUGAUGGUUAUAAUGAUAUUGCUGUUGGUGCACCAUAUGAAGAAGGGACUGGUGCAAUAUAUAUAUUUAAUGGCAAUAGUAAUGGAUUACUUAAACAUUAUAGUCAAAAAAUAAUUGGAAAACAAUUUGGAAAAAAUAUCCGUGGAUUUGGGAUUUCAAUUUCAGAACCUCGUGACAUAAAUGAUGAUAAAUAUCCUGAUAUUGCAGUUGGAGCUUAUUUAUCAGAACAAGUUGUUUUAAUAAAAUCAAAACCUGUCAUAACAAUAACUACACAAUUGAUCUAUGAAGAUAAAAAAUUAUUAAUAAAUUCUUCUUCUUUUUUAAUUAAUAUAUGUACAUAUUAUGAUGGAAUAAAUGCUCCUAAAUUCCUUCGAGUUGUUAAAUUUUUGAAAAUCGAUGAAAUAUAUGGAAGGAACAAUGAGAGAAAUUUGAAUUUUUUUUGUACAUCUUGUGCAAUCAUAAAUAAAUUACUUUCUAAAACUGAAGAUUUAAUAAAAUUACCAUUUGCUGUAGACUGUGGUGAAGAUAAUAUUUGUACUUCAGAUGUGAAAGUAUUACUUUCAACAGAUUUAAAGUUUGGUAAUAGAUAUAUCAUAGGAUCUAUAUUUACUACUAAAUUUAAAUUAGAUGUCUUUAAUAAUGGUGAACCUGCAUAUCAAGCUAAAAUACACAUAUAUAUACCAAAAAUAUUAUCAUUAGCAAGUAUACCAUCUUUAUGUAUAGAAAAUUUUUAUAAAAAUAAUAUUUUAGAAAUAAUAUGUGAUCUUGGAAAUCCACUUAAAAAAAACAAAAAAUUGAUAUUAAAUUUGGAUAUGAGUAAAGUUCAAUUUGAUAUUGAUCAUGUACAACUAUGGACCAAUUUUAGUACACAAAGUGAACAAAGAAAUUCAUUCAAUAAUACAAAUGUUUUUACUAUAUAUUUUGAUACUGAUAUUGAUAUAGCAAUAACAGGGAAAGCCCAAUAUGAUUUAUAUUCAUAUUUUCUUGAAACUGAAGAUAAAAAAUUAAAUAGCAUUCAAUUUCAACAUAUUUAUGAAAUUCAGAAAUUUGGUGCUAGUCCAAUUAAUGAAGUUAUAUUAACACUUAGUAUUCCAACUUUCUGGAAGCAAUCUAUUGGAGAUAUACAAAUUAUCAAUAUAAAUGAUAUAACUUGCAGCUACACGGAUAAUCAACCAUUUCAUUGUAUCUAUUUAAACUCCACAGUUUCAACUGCUUUGAUUGAUAAUUUUAAAAUUUAUACUGCAAAUACUGAAAAAUCAGAAAAGUUUAUAACAGAUUCUAAUUUUUCUAUAAAUUUUCCACCUAAAAAUAGAUCACUUUAUGUUGAUUGCAUAAAUGACAAUGUAAAAUGUACAUAUAUUAAAUACAAACUAGGCCCAUUUAUAAAUUCUUUGUCUAUUGCAAAACUUUCACUUAUAUUAGAUUUUAAUUUAUCUAAUUUAAAAUCAAUGAUGGCAGGAAAAGAUAUUAUAUUUUUUUUAUCUAGCGGAAAUGUUAAUAUUUUGGAAUCACAUCAUAUUAUUCAAAAAAUUGGACAUAAACCUGAUAAUGUUAUUGUGGCUACAAUGUUUUUAGGUUCACUAAUAACUGAACAAAUUGCUACAUGGAUUAUAAUUUUAUCAAUUUUCUUAGGAAAUUUAUUAUUAAUAUUGUUAAUUUUAAUAUUAUUUAAAAUCGGAUUCUUUAAACGAAAAAAAAAAAGAGAACUUGAAAUAUUAAAAUCUGAAAAUGUAAGUUUCUUGAAAUAUUUUAAUUGUAUAUUAAGGUAUUUAAUGUUUGUGUUACAUUACAGAAAAAAACAUAAAAUUAUAUUGGAAACAUGUUCAUCAACAGAAGUUUUUCAUCAAGAAUAAAUUUAUUAAUAUGUUUUUAUAAUAUAUAAUAUAUAUUUUAUACAUAUAUAUAUAUAUUUUAUUCUUUAUAUAUUAAGAAAAUAAAAUAACAAAGUAUUUUGUAUUCUAUUAACGCAUUCAAGCUGUAUUGCUAUUUUUAUAAAAAUAUAAUAAAUCUUAAAAAAUAUCAACUUGACUAUAAAUUUUCAACUAUAAAGCUUAAAAAGAUUUUAUUACAAAUAUUUUAUUUUAUUCUGUUUAUAAUCGACCUAAGGUAUAUAUUAUUUAUUUAUGAAAACAUAAAUGAAGCGGAUUUAUUUUAAAUAAAUAAUCUUAUAUUUACAAAAAUAUCAAUUUUGUUAAUAUGAGAUUCAAGCAAUUGUAUUUCUUGUUAUUAUUUACUAAAAUAUUUUAUGCCAAAAAUAUAUUUAGCUGCCUUUUAAACAUUCCUAAUAUAUUGUGCACAUAUUUCAGUUAGUAAUAUUUAUAAUAGAACUCAUUUUAUAUU